UGUACUCUUGUGGUCUGGUACGCAUCCCUCACAGAAAGCCUAUCCUUCACCUCUGAGGAGGUUAAGAUCCGCUAUGCAGGCAACUUGAUGGAAGGAGAAGCAGCAAUCCGAUGGUAUGAGGCAUACCACAAUUCAAUUGAUCAAGCCUCCGCCAACCGUCUUGCUGGCGGGAUGCCGGUGAAGUUAGAUGAGAGAUGGAAGCGCUGGGAUUCCUUUGUGGAUGCUUUUAGAGCAGCCUUCGGCGAAGCCAUCUCUAGAGAUGAUGCUGUAGCCCAUUGGAAUACCCUUACCCACACAGCUCGAGGAGGAAUAGACCUCUUUUUGAAUACUAUCAUUCAGCUGAUGUGGAAGACUGGCUAUGAGGGUCAGUUGGUGGAUGAUAAGAUCAAUAAUUCCCUCCUUGCGGACCUAGGCAUGAGUUGGGCUCUUUUCAAUCCCAAGCCAAAGUCCCUGAUGGAGCGGAUAGCUGCUCUGAGAGAGUUAGGGCACACCCAUGAGAGGUAUCAAGGGAUGGCAGCUGAGAAGGCUCCCCCUCGGACCAAGAAGGAUCCUCCUGCUGAAAAGGAACGGCAGCCCAAGAGGAAGAGAGAAGCUGCAAGCUCCUCCGGACCUCAGAAGGCCUCCGGACCUAAGGACAGAGGGGUGGAACUGAAGGGUAUCCCGGGGGAUAUUCUAGAAGAAAGAAGGAAAGCAGAAGUAUGCUUGAAG